AUGGCCCACGACUACGCCGGACGUUUGCGCCCGUAUGAAAACAAGGGACGCCUCGGGCUCGCGCCCGACUGGGAUCGCCUGCUCGACGUGCAACGAAAGGUACAAGUGCUGGCCCAGUGGUUGCGCGCAGCGUGCGGCGACGUUGUUGUCCACACGGGCGCGGGUGUAUCCACGGCAGCUGGGGUGCGCGACUUUCGUGGACCACACGGCGUCUGGUCCGAAGCGACGCGCUCGAAAAACGGACGCUCGAGACCUGGGGUUGCUCCGGGUGCGGCCCAGCAGCACGAGCCUCUGACUCGAGACGGGGCGCGUUGCGCGGACGUCAUCGACCCGCGGACGCAGCCGCCGCCGCCAGACUGCAGCCUAGAGCUUGCAGCGCCGACCUGGAGCCACUGGGCGCUCACCGAACUCGUGCGUCGCGGCUUGGUGCGACGCAUUGUCACGCAAAACAUCGACGGCUUGCACCUGCGCAGUGGACUCGCUCGUCAUCGUCUCUCUGAGCUGCACGGGAACAUUUUCGCAGAACAGUGUGAACGCUGUGGUCAAAUUUUCCUGAAUGAUGUGGUUGUGCCCACGGUUGGCGGUCGCCGAACCGGUCACCAGUGCGUGUACUGUGCAUGGCGGGGUCAGCGAGCAUCGACGCGCGAUAUGCUGCUCGACUGGGAGGAUCCGCUGCCGCAAGCGGAUCUCAUGGGCGCGACCGAGGACUCGCGAAACGCGCGCUUGUGUCUGGUCAUGGGCUCGAGUCUGCAGAUGGUACCGGCGGCGACGCUGCCAGCGCUCUGUCUGCGGAAGGAUGGCGCGCGGCUUGUCAUUGUCAACGCGUCGUGGACGGCGCGGGAUGAUGCGGCGCAUUUGGUCAUUCGCGCCCCAACCGAUAUGGUGAUGCUGCUCCUACUGGAUGAGCUCGCAUUGCUACCGCCAGGGGACGCGCGGGUGCGCCUCUGGCGGCCGCAGCUGACGCUUGGCGUGCGGUGGCGGCAGCGCCCGAGGCAGUCGCGCCCGAGCGUGGAUGUCUGUGUUUGGAACGGAAACGGCAAUGCGCCUGGAUUGACGCUCGAUCACACCUUGCAUGGUGCGUGCAAGCGCGAGCCCAGCAAGCACAACAGCAGCUGCGCGGAUACGCCGCUCUAUUGGAUUCCGUUGCAUGGUCGAAUGAUAGCUGACGCGAAUCAAGUACCGGCGCUGGAGGCGCUGGAACUGGAUGCCAGCGGUCAUCUAUCGUUGACUGUGGCCGGCUUUGGUCAGCGAAGCUGUGCAGAGCCCCCGUUUUGCACAGCAGCGGCGGUUUCGAUACGGUUGGGAUUUCCGCUAGCCCCGCGCGGCACGUCUCAACCGCCACUGGUCGUACCGAAUGUCUGGUAUUUCUUGUCGAUACCGCGUGCCGGUUGGCUUGAGUUCAAUGUGGUCGCUUACCGGGCGUACGUUGUUCGUUUGCUUGCAUCCGAGUGGGUGCAAAGCGAACGCAUCCAACUGCCGCCCGCGCUGCUGUUCUAUCGCGAGGAUGAUCGGCGUCGUUGUUCCUGUAUCGUGUGCGGAGCAUCGGUGCCUCCGCAGAAGCGAACGCAUCACGUGCAGUGUGUGCACGCCGAGGCCUUGGGGCAGCGCGCAGCCUCUGCUCCCGACCUAGAGCGACAGCGCAACGACUUGCAAGGCAGGCGCAGCGAGAAGCGAGCGCGAUUGCCGCGUGUUUAA